GAGAGCUCACGAAUCUUUUAGUCGCGAUUUGUCCUUCACGGAGUGUGUAUGUCAUUGUAAAGUAAUUGUCGCAAUCGGCUUACUUCUUUUUUUUUUUAUCGUCGGCUAUCAGACGAGCGCAUAUUUUCACUCCGGGCGGUGAUAACGAUACAAGAUGCCGUAUCGCGGAAAAUUGCGACUGCUCGGCAGAGCGUGUUUGGCCUUCGGAAAGAGCGAGGGUAAUCCAAAUCUCGCCGUCGUCGUCGCCAGCAGAAAUUUCUCAUCGAGUCGCACGCUCGAUAUGAGGUUCGUUCAAUUCACAAGCAAGGGCGGGGGCCCGCAACAUCUCGGGGUCCAGCUGAAACAGGGUGGCGACAUCAUCGCCGUGUCGGCGGUCGAUUCACGGAUCCCGAACACGCUGAAAAAGUUUCUCGAGGGCGGUGACGAUCUUCUCAAAAAGGCUAAAAGGGAAGACGAUAUCGACCUAAGGAGGGCAGUAGAGAGAAUAGUCGCCGAGGGACGGAGCAUUAUACCCGAGAACGACGUCAACUUUCUGGCCCCAGUCACGCGUAUGGACAAACUCGCUUGCAUCGGUCUCAACUAUAGCGGUCAUUGCCAAGAGCAAGGUAUACCGAUUCCGGAGAGUCCGGUAGUCUUCAGCAAAUUUCCCAGCAACAUCAUCGGACCGCGCGAUAACAUCCUGCUGCCGCAGAUUUCGGACAAAGUCGAUUGGGAGGCCGAGUUGGCGAUAGUGAUCGGCAAGAAAUGCAAAAGCCUCAGCAAUGACGAUGUCGAGGAUUGUAUCUUCGGUUAUACAGUGGCCCAGGACGUGACGGCGCGCGAUUGGCAGAAAUCGAAGCGAAACGGCGGUCAAUUUCUGCUCGGCAAAGCGAUGGACACGUUCUGUCCGCUUGGUCCGGCAGUCGUCACCAAGGAAGCGAUAUGCGACAUCAAUAAUCUGUUCGUGAGGACAUGGGUGAAUGGCAAAUUAAAGCAGGAUGGCAACACCAACGAACUUAUCUUCAAACCUCACGAAAUAGUCGCUUAUCUUUCGCAAUUUAUGACACUGUUACCAGGCGACGUGAUUCUUACCGGUACACCGGCUGGUGUGGGAUUCACGCGCAAUCCACCAGAAUAUCUACAGCGUGGCGACGUACUGGAAACUGAGAUCGAGAGUCUGGGACGUCUGAGAAACAAAGUAAUCUGAACUAAGAAACCGAGAGUAUGCCUUUGGAAAGCGUUAUCAGAACUUCUUCACAAGACUGGACGUUUUUUCGGGUAUCGACAUCCGCGAUGACAUUGAAUCAUCCCAAAAACUGUGUCUGAUCUGGAUACAGAAAUACAUACUCGAACAACAUCGACGAUUUCAAUGUGAUUGCAAAUGUUUAUGCCAGAGGUAACAGCAUCGCCACUUUUUGCUCAGGGCAUAAACGCGUCUAGCAACAUUGAUAACACAGCAACGCUAAUUUUCUAUAUGUCACGUAUUUUACGUACUUAUAUAAUUAAAAUCAGAUUGUUUCUAUUGUAUGUCUAUUUUAUCUCAUUCAAUCCAAUCUCCACAUAAUUUUAAUAAUUUUACAUUUUAAUGAAUUAUAUAUUAAUAGUUAUUUAAUCAUGUGAAUCUUUAUAUUCAAUUGUUAUUAAGUAUUUUAACAUCGUAAAAAUUGGUAUAUAUGUCAAUAAUGUAUAUGUAAAUAGUUUCUACAUUAUUCUUGGAGAAUUUGAAUGAAAGUUUAAGGAGGAGUACUUUUUGAUAUUUAUGUUCAAUUUUGUGUGUAUGUGAUAUAUCUUCAAUAUUUAUCUGUAAAAACAUGAAUAUGUGUGCGAGUAACCACAAGUACAAGUAGUGAGAUCUGAUAGUAGUGAAAACUGUUUAUAUUAUCAAAUAAUUCUCAUCAAAAUCAUGAAAAAUGAUUUAAAUGAAGGAAUGAUUAAA